AUGUGGGAUCGUCUCCCGCUCGAUCUGCUCGCGCAGAUCUUCUCCUUCCUCCCGCCGGGGGUUCUGGCCCGGGCUAUGGCGACCUGCCGGCACUGGCGCGCAUGCGCCGUCUCCCAUCCGGCUCCCCGAGGAGGUCCUCGCCGAGAGGGCGUCUUCCCGUGGUUCCUUGCCGUCUGCAAUCGCGCCGCCGGUGCCGGCAGCCCUCCCUGCUUCGUGUACGUUCCAGAGCUCCGCCGCUGGCACAUCCUCCCCCUCGAUUUCCUCCACUUCUCCGUCCGCCUUGUCUCCCCCGUCGCCGCGGGGCUCCUCCUCUGCCGCCUGGGAACCGGCGGCCGGCUCCUCCUCUGCAACCCCUUCACCCGGCAGCACAGGCUCCUCCCCGAGCUCAUGACCCCGCGCUCCAGCCCCGCCGUCGGGGUGGUCGCCGGCGGCGCCGCCUCCUUCAAGGUUUUCGUCGCCGGAGGGGCCACGGCCGGCGGCUACGAGCCCACAUUGGAGGUGUACGACUCCACGCUUGGCAGCUGGCGGCGCGCCGGGACGACGCCUGCGGGGUUCGCCGUGCGGCUCACGGUGUGGACCCCGAACGAGUGCGUGGUCGCCGGCGGGGUGGUCUACUGGAUGACGUCGGCGAGGGCUUACAGCGUGAUGGGCCUGGAGGUGGCCACCGGGGCCUGGCGCGAGGUGAAGGCGCCGCUGGCGGAGCGGCUCCAGUGGGCGGCGCUGGUGGAGCGGCGGAGCGGGCAGCUGGGCCUCGUCGGCGGCUGCGGAGGCGCGGAGGGAAGGGUGUGGGAGCUGGUGGAGGGAGACGAGUGGGUGGUGGUGGGGGAGGUGCCGGCCGAGGCGGCAGGGCGGAUCUCCGGCGGCGGCACCACCAGGUGCGUGGGGAGAGAGGGGGAGGUGUAUCUGUAUGGGGAGCUGGGGCAGGGCAUGGCGGUAGGGAGGGAGCUCGAGGGCAGAUGGGAGUGGGAGUGGGUCGACGGCUGCUUCUCCGUUCUCGGCGCGGAGCUCAAGGCCCUGCCGGGAGCCGCCGCCGCCCCUCUCAAAGGCGUCCUCCUUCACCCCACCCUCUCCCCAUCCUUCUGUUUCCUCCACCAGGAUCCUUAG